UGCAGAUUAUAGCCCCAGCUUGAAGCACUGGUGGUUCGGGCGCCAAAACGGGCCGUUGCAUCGCUUGGUCCCAGUAUGCUCCCCACCAACAUCCACUCGAGUCUUGCGUCGACUUCAGGACUUUUUGGAUACUCCCCAGCUUCAUGCCUGCAGAACCUUACCUACAGGCGCUACCUGACCAUUGUUCUGCCCUUUGUUUAACCCUGAACGAGCCAUCAACAGCGCCUACCGCGGGGCUACGAGUCGCAUUGGAAGCCCUCCAUCUAGAUACGCGGAUUGAAUUUUUGGUUGUCCGUGUUUCUCCUCUCACCGAGAUCUGUUUGAAUGCUGGAGAGAUCCAGCGCCGAGAUGACAGUCUUGCCGAUGUUGCACCAUCAUCGAGUUCCUGGCCGAUGCCAGCACCACUACUGCUGCUGCUGCUGCUGCUCACCCGACUACUCCUAAAUGCUACUAGUAACCUGACCUACAGAUCCCGGAUCUCAAACGACACCAUCCACAGCCCAUUCCCACCCUCCAUCAUCUCGAAGGAAAUUUUCCUUGCCCAUCCCCAGAUUGGCGGUGUAUAUACCGACAUUUCAAACGGCGAAAUUUCCUUCCAAUCUUGUUCAUUCUGACGGACACGUCGGGCCUCGAAGGGACUCGAGCCGGCGAGUGAAAGAAAAUAAAAAUCUAUUCCCCAACAAUUUUUUCGCUUGCGGAGUAUUUGUCUUCGCCUCGCGACCUCGCUCGCUCGGAGUCGCCAACGUGCCCAUGAUGGCCUGGUGCGUUUUGUUCUAAGCGACAACUCAUUCGAAGCUGUACAAGGAUUCGGCGUUUCUUGGACUGCGAUAGUUCGACCGUCAAGUUGGUCAGAAACAUCUUUUCAAUUAUAACGCAGCCAAAAGGUAUUAGGUUCCAGAGCCAUCGCGGGAAAUGUCCAAGUCUGAUUGGAAUGGCUGUUCAUCUUGCCUCUUCAGACUGUCUUUGCACUUUUCGAUUUCUGCGCAUCGAGCCUCAUACGAGUCCUGCGACAGCGUUGGGGUUUUGUUCCAAUCACUGCGUCACAGUCGGAUACCCUCAGUUCCCAGUCCUCCUUUCUCGCUGCGCGCUCACCUCGACUCUCUCACGAGGCGUCAACGAGGAGGUGUCGAUGGCGGGCAUGCCAUGCCGUGCUCAGAAUCUCCUGAUGCCAAUUCCGCCGCUUGUCUGGCCAACAUGCCCAUACAUCAGCCCGGAUAUUAUCUAUAUCCAUCCUCCUUUCAGCCAGUGUGGGAUCUUACAUCGCGUUAUAUCUGAUAUGGUAAGAUGGUCGCUCUGCUUCUCGUACAAUUCAAUCACGACCAGGAGGGCGUACCAUACAUGCUGCUCUGUCCUUCUGCUCUACUAGUACUAAGUACACUCAAUGCAUUGCCAUCGCUGACAUGGACGAAGAGUACCUACUUCUUCUUCUUCUCUCUCUCUAUACAUAUAUAGGCAGCUCCUUUCAGGUUCCCUCCAGUCUUGUUUCCCGUCCUCCAAAUCCUCCGUCCUCUGUCCCUUCCUAAUCCAUAUCACGAGUCGCCAGCGUCCUUUUCUCCUCCAGCGGAUUCCAUUCGUUUUCCACGCGAUGGCCGCCUCUUUUUGCUCUUGAC